ACGACGUCGUUUCCAUCUCUAUGGUCGGUUAAUCAAAAUCCCGAAUUAUGGUAAGAAAAAGCAAAAUAGCUUUCAAAGAGCUGCUGAAACAGUCGGUCGGAAGAUAUACCGCUGAAAUCUGCUGAGAACAGGAGCAAUUUCCGGUUCAAAUUAUCAGGGAGAGGUAUCGGACGAGCUCGUCGCCGGCAAAUCCAAGCGCGAAAUCUCGAGUGAACAAGGCGCUUGAAGGGAGAAGGAGACGUAGAGAAACAAGUCAGCGAAGGAGGCACAACUGAGACGGGAGUCGCGGCGGCGUGCGAGGACGCCCGAAGAGCGGAGUCGGAGAUUCCAACUUUGUCCUCGAUUCAUCCUUAUUUUUUGCCCGCGGCGGAAGAAAUUCCUCACCCGGAGCUUAAAACUGAGGACGAGCAGGCUGUAAUCGUGUGCUAAUAAGUGGAAGAAGAAAGACCUAGUGGCUGGCCAUUGCAAGGUUAGUCCAUUCGUUGCUAUCUUCACUAUUGAACUCAUUUCUUUCCUUCUUUUAAUUAAAUUUCUGCUUCUGACUAUAGUUUGCUAGUUAUCAGUGUUCUGUUACCUUCGAAUCUUUUUUUUUCUUAAUGAAUUACUGCUAAGUUUUAUUCAUCGAAAGGAAGUUCAUCCAUAAGUAAUGGACUUGCUCCAAUGAUAAAGUACAAUAAAGGUGGCUGAAGGUACAUAUGCAAACACUAGAAACAAGUUGUUAUGGUGGCUCAAAUGGGUUUUGGCUUGUGCCAUACAACAUCAAAUGUAGGGAUUGAAGUUCUUGUUGAGAUAGUUUGUUGCUACUAUCCAACCAUGAGCAAAUGAUGUAGUUGAUUCUGUUGGAUAGAGUGGCGCUGCUUGUGUAGUGAUCACGACUCACGAGAAAGUCUAGCAUUCCACUCAGUCCAUAAUAACUAGAACACUGCAUGUGGAAGUGGCCAGAAAGUAUUUGACAAUCUGCAACCUUUGGUGACGUUUGACCAUUGAACUAGUAGCUCGCUGCAACUACGAGGUAGAGGGCCAGCAAGAUUGAGUCGAAAGAGAGAGAAGUUCCGUACCCUGGAAGAGUAGCUGCAGGGGAGAAGUAAGUGGUCUGCUGUCUCUUCUGAAGCAAAUCAAAGACAACAAUGAUUGAGGAGAAUCCACCCUCGUAAUCGAAAUUGAACGGUUGUCAGGAUUUUUCUCCGAAAGCCAACCAACUGAAAAUUGUGACUUUGGUGGGUACCAUCGGCUGCCAAUGGAUUUUGCUGGGAAUGACGAUCCAAGGCCAGGAAAGAGAUCUCGAGUCAAUUCCUUAUAGCAGAGGCUGAGAAGGCAUCCUCCUGCAAAGUGGAUUACCUUCGAAUCGUAUUUGCCUCUGUAAUAUUGGCUUCUAAUUGAAUGUUGCUUUUUUUCCAUUGAAAGUGAUUUCAGAGAGGGAAUUAUAUUUUCCAUUUUGAUUAUCUUUCCUGUGAAAUUGAACUAUGGAGGCGUUAAGCUGUUGAGAUUAAUUAGGUUUCUGGGGAGCUCCAUGUUUAGGGUUUUUUUUUUUGUGUGGAUAGACUUGUGAUAGUUCAUUGUGAUUUAUUAGGGUUGGCAGUGUUAUAAUUGUGCUUAAUGAUGUUUUGCAGAGGACAGGCUUCGGUGAAGCUGUGAUUUUUUGCCCAUUAAUCCGGCAAUGGCAGAUUCAGGAGAAUCUCAACAGCCUGAACAAAUAUGCAGCUUUUUCAGAAAGCCAACUAAGGGGAAGAACAUCAGGAAGAGAGCAGUAGAAGACGAUGAUGCCGAGGAUCCAAAAACCGACAGCUCUUUCUUAAACAAUCAGAAGAAGGUGUCAAAGUCUGAUAACAAGCUAUACUUCUCGACAGGACCUUCCAAGAGCUCAAAGCCAUCUGAUUCCAACUCGGACAACAAUGAGAAAUCCAUCUUUCAGUUUCAGUCUUCAAAGGAAAUUCAGGUACAAAAUGACAGUAGGGCAACAUCAACUCUGGAAACCGAGACAGACUUUGGAAGAGAUGCAAGGGCAAUACGUGAAAGAGCUCUUAAGAAAGCAGAGGAGGAUCUGAAGGGUAACAAACAGAUUUCUUCAGGCGGCAAUGAGAAGCUAUACAAAGGAAUUCAUGGGUAUACAGAUCACAAAGCUGGAUUUAGAAGAGAGCUAACAAUCGCAAGUGAGAAAGCUGGUGGAUCACAUGGGCCACUUAGGGCAUCUGCAAACAUCAGGGUCUCAGCAAGGUUUGAUUAUCAGCCGGAUAUAUGUAAAGAUUACAAAGAGACCGGUUACUGUGGUUAUGGAGAUUCUUGCAAGUUUAUGCAUGAUCGAGGGGAUUACAAGUCUGGAUGGCAAAUGGAGAAUGAGUGGGAUGAGGCAGAGAAGGCAAGGAAGAGGAAAUUAGCUAUGGGUGCGUUGGCCAAGGAGGAAGGUGAAUUUGAUGAAGCCAAUGAUGAUGACGACGAUGAUGACGAGGAUGCGCUGCCAUUUGCAUGUUUCAUUUGUAGGGAGCCUUUUGAAGAUCCUGUUGUGACCAAGUGCAAGCAUUACUUCUGUGAACAUUGUGCUCUAAAGCAUCAUUCCAAGAACAAGAAAUGCUUAGUCUGCAACAAGCCGACGCUGGGUAUUUUCAACACUACUCAUGAAAUACGCAAGAGGAUGGCAGAGGCGAACAAAUGAUCAUGCUGGCUUGCUGCAGAUGCUGUAUCGGCUGAUCACUUUUUGAGUCCCUGACACGGGCUGUUGCAUCUUCCCGGCUCAUGACACUUCGAGCAAUUUCAUUUUAAGAGAGUUAUUAGUGAUCUAGUAUGAUACCUUCGCAUUGCGAGUAUACCAUGUAAUCAAAAAGUUGAUCUGCAGGCUUCUGGAGUCCUGAUUUGCUUGUAUUUCGUAGACAGUUCUUUUCAUGUCUACACUGAUACGAUUGCGAAUUUCAUCCUCCAAUUAAAUUUCAACCAAAUAGGUGCAUGAAAGAUCUUAAGGGGUUGUUUGGAUUAGGAAAUGUGGGUAGGGAUUUUGUCACAAUUUCUUGUCAUUAGGGAUUUUGUCACAAUUCUUUGUUUGGAUAGGAAAAUGAAAAUGAGGGAUUUGAGUCACUAGGAAUUUCGAAAAUCCUAUCAUUAGAGAAUUUAAAAUAGCUGAUGGACCUCAGAUUUUUUGAAAUCUCUUGCCUAUUUUUUUCCAACCUUCCUAAUUUAUCCCUCCCUAUUUUUUGGUAUUACUUUCUUACCCUCACUCUUUAUUCAAUGACCCACCACUUCCAAUUGUCUAGAACCAGAAGUUUGCACAGGCCUACCAUACUUUGUGCUUUAAAUAACUGUUAAUAUUGGGGGUCGUGGAGAUUCGAACACACGACCACUUGGUCAAACCAGCUCUGAUACCAUGUCAAAACCAGUUGCUCCCAAUAACUCGAGUUGUUGGGAGAAAGUUCUGUUGGAUCUUAUACCACUCUCUAACACCAAUCUCUCUUUCCCAUCUACAUCUCUUUCUUCCCUCCCGAUACGAGAAGCUGCAAGCAGAGUUUCAACCUCACAUCAUUGGCGACUGUAGCGGAGAUAAACCUAGCGACGUCGGCAACUGCAGCGGAGUUUUACCACCAGCUCCGAUCUACACCGACGUUGACGGUCGUCUUAAAGUCCGUCCGAUCUCCAUUUUCGAUCUCGCCAGCUUUGCGUGGGAUUUGUGCUUCGGACUCAACCAACUGAAGCUUGGAAUCAGUUUAGGACUGAUUUGGUCUCAGAGAUGUGGCAAACUCGACCUGCUAGAUUUCGAGCUUCGUCUUGAGUUUGAUUCAUUGUUGUUUGGCUGUAUUCAUUAAAUAUUGAGGACUUGUUCAGUUGUAAUGGUUAAUACAUGUUCAGUUGUAAUUCAAGGUAGUUGUUUUGACAAGUAGACAAAAUUGGGAUCCCCUCUUUGCCCCUCCUUUUUUGUGUUAGUGUUUUCACUUCUGAAAUAUUACUACUACUCAGUUUUGGAUUGUGAAAGAAGUUGAAAGUUUUAGAUGAAUCCCAUGAAUUUAUCUAAAUAUUGGAUCAUGGCAUAAUAGCUUUUCUGUUGUUUUAAACUUGAUGCUUAAUUUGAAUGGAGGCUGUGUUCGGCGCAGUUGGGUUGUUAUUUAAUGAAUGCCUAUUUGGUCGCAGACUCGCAGUGUUUGAUCCGUCUAUGGACCAACUUUUGCUUUUUGUCAGUGAUUCUCAUGGCUAGUAGUAGUCUCAAUGAUUGAUUUUUGCUUCGCUGGGUGCAGACCUGUUAGUAUGAGCCGCAAGUUCCUCUCGACAUGAUCGAAAUAGAAAUCGGGACUUAUCUAAGCUCGUACCAAGUACUAAGUAUAUUGUUUGCUGGCUUUAGUUGGGCAUUAAGAAACACCUAGGUAAGCCACAAGGAUAAGCUCUUGCACACGCAGGGUAAGAUAUGUAUGCAAAUUGCAAAGCCCUAUAAGCAGUGAUCAUUUGUUUCCCUCCUUUUCAAUGUCCGUUUAAGAUGCCUGCUUUAUUGUAGUCUAGUUGAAGCUGAUAUUGAUUUAGUUGUUAAUCUUGUUUCCAUUUGUAAUGAAUACAAUGUUCUAUU